AUGGGCGGCGGCGACGGCGCGGCGCUGCGGGAGCCGCUCGCGAGGCUCGUAGAGCGGCACAAGAGUCAGCUGGAGCGGCUCUCCGCCGAGCGGGCCACGCUGGUUGAGGCGUGGCAGACGGCGCAGCACGACGUGUCGCGGCUCCGGCGCGAGUUGCACGCGCGCGAGGAGAACCAUGCGCGCGAAACGGAGGAGAUGGGGCGCCGCAUCAGCGACCUGCGCGCCAUGGUGCAGCGGAAGCUCGAGGCGGACGCGCGGGCGGAGCAGCAGAUGGAGGAGAUCCAGUUGGUGAUGGACCAGCACCUCGCCGAGAUGUGCAAGCACGCCACGGAGGAGGCGGCUGUGGCCCGCCACCUGGGCGAGCUGCGCCGGCUCCUGCGAACAAAAACAAGCGUCCAAAGAAGUACCCGAAUGCGUUUUUAG